AUGCGUAGGGUUACCAUAUUAACCAAUUUUGGACGCAAAAAAAGGUAUACAUUUCCAAGGGAGGAAAAAAAUCCAUUCGUGCUUUGCGAAAGCAAAAGAAGUGUAGCCACAACGCAUGCUGCGAUAAGAAGCAAACAUGGCGACAAUGUAAAGACAAAAUUGGAAAGAAGAGAAGAUGAUAUAAUUUUACACAAAUCCACAUGCUCGGACGCCCCCUCCCCGUUAACGGAUUACCACCAGUACAACACAAAUGAUCUCAUCAAAGUUUUAAAUGUAUACAUAAAAUCCAAGAGUGACCAAAUUGAACUGUUGAGAAACGUUUCGAUCAACCUGCUGCUGAAUAAGGAAAAGAUAAGAUACAGGGAGAUAAUCACAUUGUUAAAACAAUUUUCCGUGAUAAAAUGCAAAAAUUAUUUUUUAUUUUGCUAUUUUAAAGAUGUCCUGAGCGAAAACAUCCAUUUAAUUACUUGCGAUGAGUUAGUGGACGUAUAUUUCGCCUUCACAAAUUUGAAUUAUUUUCAUCAUAAUUUUUUUUUCCUAAUUGAGAAGAGAAUAUUUCACAACUUCCACCUUUUAAAUUUAAAAAAAUUAAUUUGCUUGAUACAAUGCUUUAACAAGAAAAAAAUUAUAUCCAAAAAUUAUUUAACCAUAUUACUUUAUAGCAUAUCAAAAAAUAUAAAUCAGUUUGACACUUUUCAGCUUUCUGUCCUUUUCGGUUUUUUUAAAACUUUUAACAUAAAUAAUAACAUCCUCAUAAAUUCUUUAAUUCAUAAUUUUAAUCAACAUGUGAAUCUCAGCUCUGAAUGUAAGCAGCUAGCCAUUUUUUACAAUUUUUUGUCCUACGUUGGUAAGAAGUGCCACAGGAAUUAUCACUACUUUGCAAAGGAGAAGGAACUCAUCGGCUUGAUAAGGAAUUUUGCCUUGCGCUAUGAGGAGCAGUGGGAGCGGGGUCCAAAUGGGCCCGGUAGAGCCAUUGGAGGAGAGGGUCUCACAGGGGUAGACACGGACAAAGUUGCAGACGCGGUUGGGGAAGCGGUUACCGACGCAGGGGAUGCGAUACAAAGGAGGCUGUCCAUUUUGGAAAGCAAUUUCCUCACCCAAAGCGACGAGCUGCAAACCCUCAGGGAGAGUACGAACGCCCUAAGGCAGAAUUCGUACAACGUCAAUGUGGUGUACUCCAUUAAGAACGCUUUAAAAAACGUGGAAGCGAUCACGAGGAAGAAAUUGAAGAGCAUGCCGAUUGAGUCCCUGUGCUUGAUAUCGUCCUCCAUAGCAAACAUAGACAAAAAUAAAUUCCUCUUGGAAAAAGUCGCAGAGGAAGUUGGUAAGCAGUCGACCAAACUGACUCCCCUGCUGGUGAGUUUUUUGAUGCUAUCUUUCAGCAAAGCGGAUCACAAGCAUGGGAGUCUAAUUUACUACUCGCUGCAAUUUUUUUAUAAAUAUAACACUUUUUUUAGCGUCAAUGAGGUGGGGCUGCUGUGUAAGGCGCUGCACAAUUUUUCCCUGAAGGAGAACGAGUUUGUGGAUGUGCUGAAUGGGUUUAUGUUGAGCGUGUUGAGCGUGUCGAGCGGCUUGGGUGAGGGUAGCAGGGAGGACACCAUCGUUGAUAGCAGCGACGGCCGCGUCGGUAGCGACCCGCGUGGAGACCACCUCAAUUACAAUGCGGACGAUGGUGCGUCCUCUGGAAAACAGGUGGAGAAACUCUUUUUCGAAAUCGAGAGGAGCAUCGAUAAAAGCAUUGAGCAGAGAAAUUACGAAGAUCAAUUCACUAAUUUGAGGAGCGUCCAUAUGGAGGAGGAAGGUAAGAGUUACACAGACGCAAAGGAAAGGACAGGUGACCCUGAAAAUAAAAGGAUGUACAGCGAUUUUGUAAACUUUAGCUUUAUUGAUUAUGAAAAUAUAAAAAAGAAGAAUUAUUAUGCAAACAAUUUGUACAACAUAAAAAUGAGUAAAACGAUUUAUAUAAAUAAUGUCAUAUACAUUUUGGAGUAUUAUGCUUUCAACCUGGUGAACAUUCCCCAAAUUUUGGACCUUUUCUGUGACUUUUUUUUAAAAAGAAACGUAAAUUAUAUCCUCUACUCGAGAAUAUUUUACGCCUUUUACCUGCUGCAGUACAGAGGGAGUAAGGUCUACCAAAUGAUUGACAGAUUUAAUGAGUGCCAACCCCUGUACCAAGUGAUGUACAAGGAGAGGCACAUGGAGAAGCUGUUGCGGUCGCUAAUUUAUUUUUAUGAAAACAAAACGGACGGGAAUAAAAUGGAGGGCAUUUACUUUUACGUUUUGCCCAAGAGCUACUUUUCAUUCAUUUUUAAUUUUUCAAAAUAUAUUUUAACAUUUUUGUUUAUUAAAAAUAGUAAUUAUGUGCUACACAAAUUUUUGGUUGAUAUAGAGGAAAUAUCGUUGGGCAGGGGGGACUACAUUUAUUUGCACAAACCAAACAGACUGUAUUGA